GCAAGAAUUAUGAGCAUGAAAUGAUUGUAUAAGGUUGGAGUGCUGUAGAGAGAAGCCCGCUACAGAGGCCGUAGCUGGGGCAGUGACUGUGCAUUAGUCAGGUUUUCCACUAUACCGAGGACAGUGCCCACACAGCAGGUCUGUAUUGCAACAGUGCAUUGUAACGACGGCUACCAGACCUGUCAGAAUAGCCGAAGAGAGCUAUUCAUUAUCUCGUAGAACGUCGACAACCCAGACGGCAAGCUGCAGCGCCGACAGUCCACGUUCGUGCCCGGCCUGGAGGCCUACGACGACGACAUGGGGUCGCAGGGGGCCCACCCUGCGUGCCUCUUUCUGGCCCUGACCCUACUGGUGACGGGGGCGGCCACCGUCAUCCUGUCCACGGCCAUCCUCACCAACCACUGGGAGGUGAUCACGUUCGAUAAGGCCGCCGUGGAGAGGAUCGCCGCCAGACACAACGCUACCCACACCCUCACCUGGCUCUGGAACGGCAAGGUUGCUAAGGUGAACAUUCAGCUCCACCAGCCCAUGAAGGUGCGCCGGCAGGACCCGGCGUCUCAACAGCUCUUCCCGGGUUCGAAUCCCCGCUCCCUGAGGUUCAGACGACAGACAUCGAGAGUGAUUUACCUGGUGCCGCUCCACGGCGGGAUAUGGACCCUCUGCGUCGGCCUCUCUGAGCUUGAGCAAGAACAGCUUAGGAACGCUGGCUUCCCCCUGAUUGGCUGCAUCAACUACCUCUCGCCCCACUUCGCCGAGAGCAAUCAGAAGAAUGACUGGGUGCAGAGUAAGUCCGGGUCUGUGUCUGUCACUUCCUCUUGCUCUCACAGCAACAACAAGAAUGAUUGGGUGACGAGAAUGCAGAACCUGAGCAUCUCAUGUUCCCUGGUGUGUUGUAUCCUGCUGGGGGCGUCGGCGGUGGUGGGCACCUUCGGCAUCAUCCAGCGACAGAUCUCCGCUGUCCUCAUCACUGGGGUCAUGUACAUCCUUGCCACCACCUUUGGACUCUUCUGCCUAACCAUCAUGCACUUCAAGAGAAAAACGAAGAAAGACUGUGGCAUCCUCGACUCUCAGGUGACACCAGAGUACAGCGUAGCCCGGGUGUUCCAGACAGGCUGGUCAUUGGACCUAGGUUGGGGUGGCGUUGUGACCUGCCUGGCAGCUGCCAUGCUCUGGCUAUUACUGGCUCGCAUCAUGCGCUACAACCCAAUCUCUCUCUCCUGAUGCUACCCCCACCACCACUCUUGGGGCCGCCCCUGCCGCCGCGCCCUACUGGCCUGCCUCAGAGCCUGUCACUGUGCCCCUCCUGCUCUUAAUUAAAUUGCUAUGUACUGCAUAGACAAAGAACAUGCCUAUGUCACUAACCAGAUCCCUGUUAAAGACCUGAGGAUGUACUGAAAUUGGUAAUCUUGUUCAAAUCCUCAAAGCUGUUAAUGGGUAUAGAUGGCUUUAUUUAAAUGGGAAGAACAGGGUUUAUUUAUAUUUGCUUUAAAUAAUAGUAAGUCAUUGGAAAUUUGACUAAUUGGUAUUUUAAUGCUGGGAUUUUGUAGUCUGACAAAUUUACUUCACGUAUACCGGUAUUUAUUUCUCAAACUUUGAUGAAGAUUUUGGACAUUAUUAAUAACUUAAUUGUUAAUCAUUCAAAUUUUGGUACAGUACAUGAAAUCCAUAAGGUUUUUUGUGAAGAUAUUUUAUUGGAUAUAGAUUGAAUUUCAUAACUACAAAAAGGCUGACUUAGUAUAUAGACUUAACUGAUUUACAUCCUUAACCUCCCUCAUUGUUUAGCCUUAUGACAAACGAAUUCUUUUCUACUCACCUUGAGAAGGAAAAGUGUAAUAUGUUACAGGGUAACUUGUUUGUACUACAGUACCAGCUUGCUACAGUACUCCCCUCGCAUUAAUGUGGUACAGCACAUGUGUUCACAUAAUGAAUUAGGCUACAAGGUAAGUUUUGUUUGAGAAAAAAUACAAAAAUUUAUUAUAAACCAGAUGUAUUUGCCCAAUUUAAUUGUAAGAUUUGAUAUAAUUAUGUAAAUCUUACCAAACAGAUUAAGUAGUAAUAAUUUGAUACAGGAAUCUACCGGUACUUGAAAAAAUACAAUCUGAAUAUUGUAUUGCUAUAUACAACCUUUACAAAAAUUAAUUUAAAUAAGAUGUAUUUCUCAACCUUGAAUGAAACUUAAUAAGUGAAUAGGGUAAUAAUUUGUGAAGUACCAAGACUAAGUAUUUGUUGGAUAUGGAAACAAAAUUCUUGUUAAUUUGUUUAAAUGCUAGUUUAGUCAGCUAUUAGUAAAGUAUAAACACUGUCCAAGCUAUUAAAUACAAAACCAUACCUUGCCUUGCUUGUCCUUUACUGUAGUUUAUAUACCAAGGAUCAUAAUGGCUACAGAAUGAAUGUAGGAUUGUACUGUAUUUCUGAAUCUCCCUGCAGUGCUUCACUGUGUUCAAUACUAGUGAAGCUAUAAUACGUUUUAAUCACACUUUUAGAAAACAUCUCCCUCUUGGCAUGAGUGACUAAAGUUGCCAAUGAGAAGUUACAAUUAAACCAUAACACCACAUUGUCAAUGAAGUCAAACUGAUGUUUGCAUUUGUAGGUUUCAUUGACAAUCUGAUGUACUUUUGAAGACAUGGCCUGGUAUUUGUCUUCCUGUCAAUUGGUUUAGCCUAAAGUAGUUUUACUAGCUGCUAAUGAGAUUGUGUACUGUACUUAGUUCAUACAUCACAUGAUCACUAUAUUUAAACAUGGAUUUUGUCAACAUGUGUAAAUAGUUGUCAAGUUGAGCCAUGCCAAGUCUAUUAUAGUGUAAAGUGCACAUAUAGUGACAUGAUUUCAUGUCUUAUUAACAUGUUGAUGUGUAUUAAAAUGAAAUGAAAACAUUCACUGCAAAUACAAUUCAUAAACUUGGGGAACCAUGUUCUGAACUACAUAAAUGAAUUGGUAAUUAGUGCUAAUACAAGGGGCUACUGUAGUUCCCAUUCAUAAGAUUAAGCUCAAAUGUGUAAAUAUUGUAUAGUCAUGGCUUAUAAUGGAACAGAACAACUCUAAAGUAACUCCUAUGGGUUGUCCUGUCACUAGCUUACUUGCCCAUUAACGUGAUGACCAAACGACACACUAGAAGAUAAGGAGACUAGGACAUUUUGGUCCGUCCUGGACCCAUUAUCAAGUGGUCCAGGACAGACCACUAUAAAUGGUCCAGGACGUACCGAAAUUUCUUGGUCUCAUCUUCUGGUAUGUGUGGUCACCAUAUCUUCAGCCACGUUGUAACUCAUCGUCUGCCAUUAAUCAUGCUUCUGGCAUGGACACGUGCUCAUAUAGACAAUAAACUGGGUUUUGCUUGUCUGCUUUAGUCAUUUCUGAAAGCAGCACCCAAACUUUUUUUUCAGAUUGUCUACAGCUGAAGCCUGGCUACUUCUCAGCUGAUGCUUUGAUAAUAUUGUAAUCAAGUAAUGUAGCAACAGAGCACGUGACGAGAUUGUUCACUGUACGUAAGCUACGGACUGGAAUGUAUAUAUGUAUCAUUACUAUUAAUAAAUUACUUGCCAUAAUUUGAUUUACAGACAAUCACCUUUAGUGUGUACUUUCAGAGAAUGCAUUAAUUUUUCCAUUGCAUCUUUAUACCAGUACAUAAACAUUUAUAUUUACCGUUUAUAAUUGUGUACAUUGGAUAAACAAAGAUGGAAUUAUUUCUUGUAAGCUUUGAAUAAAUUCACACUUUGCCAGGGCUGGCUAGGCAUUCCCGGUGAGCACACAACCCAAUGUUAAACUCACUCAAUAAUAAGUAUAAACAUUAAGUAAAAAUUAAUGAACGAUGACAUUUACGGCAUGCCCUGAACUGCAAAUAUUGUUUGGCCGACUGUCAUCUAGUGAGUGUUAAAUGAUAACGCUAUACUAAUAUUUAGUAUACAAGUCAAUAAACUGUAAACCCACAAUGUUUGAGGAUCAUUUUGAUAAGACAGCCACCAGUACUAAUAGCAAUACUUAGUAUAAGUAUGAUCAAGGCCAUUUUAAAAUGGAGAUAUUUAAAUCAUGUACUCAUUUUAGCCUUGCUUUUUUCUUUUUAAUUCCCAUAGUGUCAUGUAUACAUUACUGCUGGCAGUGAGCUGUAUAGUAGUAGUAAUAGCUGUGUAUAGAUGUAUUAGCAACAUUAAAUAGCACAAGAUACAGGUGAUGUAUUUAAUGUAGAAUUUACUAUUUAUGUACGAAAGGUAACUAAAUCAUUAAUAUUAAGUGUUAUUUAAUUUUGCAUCAUUUACAAUCUUUAAUGUAGUAUUUUUAUCAAGAUGCUCAUCCAUCACUCAUUAGCAGAACUAAAAAUAAAAUGACUCAUUUGCAUGGGUUAAAUAUUUUUGUAAUAUUUUACACUUGUAUAGCUUGGUGCAUCAGAAUUAAUCGUGCUUGUAUCACAGAAAUAAAUCUUGCAGCCUAAUUUUUAACUAAAUUGAUAUUUAUUAAAAUAUUUUUGCAAUAAAUAAAACUUCACAUAUAAUCCUUCAUAUAAAAAAUAAAAAUGUAAAAAAACUUA